UUAAAGUGGGCUUUUAUAACAUCUAGGCUGCAUAUAACUUUAAGAUAAGUGUGAUGUGUGCUGAUGACUGUGGAGCAUAAAACAGGCCCUUAUGAAUGAGAAGUAGACCCGGUCAGUUUGACGUGAGACGUUACAAGGGCUGACACUGUGAGAUAUUCGAUCAAUUAUCCAUUACCAGCUAGGACACUGCAUUUGAGUCUUUAACAGCUGUAUUUAACAGCAGAGCGAGUAGAGAGAUAUUAACAUCACGCGGAUCUAUUUAACUUGGAUGCUCCUGUCGCGCAAAGAUACUGCGGCAAAUUGGCGUUAUACUCGGUGAGUCGUAGUGCAUGCGCGUAUCGCUCCGCCGGCAGAGGAAAUGCUCCUAGACCAAUCACAUCUGUGUUUACACCAUCACCUGUCAAACACACACCCUCGGCUACACUUUCUCUCUGUAAGGAGCUGAAAAACACACUCACACUGAAGCGCCUACGGUAGCCGCUAACUGGACGGACUCUCUGGCAAUUGACCUUUUGCAGUGGAAUAGCGGAAUAAGUCUUGAACCAUGAGCUCAGUGGCUGUGUUGACCCCGGAGAGCUUUGCAGAGCAUCGCAGUGGCCUCAAGGACCAGGAGAUUACAGGCUGCGUCCCAGAGGACGAGGCCUACAUCCCCACCUACCUGGAGGCCUUCCCUCCGCUGCCGGAGAAGGGGGCACCAGGGGAGAAGGCCGGGGAGCCGGCUCCAGCGUGGGGGAGCAAGAUCAGGCCCAUCAAAGCUUCUGUCAUCACCCAGGUGUUCCACGUGCCCCUGGAGGAGCGUCGCUACAAGGACAACAGCCAGUUCGGGGAGGGCGAGGAGGCCAAGGUGUGCUUGGACAUCAUGCAGCGGACGGGAGCCCACAUCGAGCUGUCCCUGGCGAAAGACCAGGGCCUGUCCAUCAUGGUCACUGGCAAACUGGACUCUGUCAUGAAAGCUCGCAAGGAAAUCGUAGCUCGCCUGCAGACGCAGGCCUCCGCUACGGUCGCCAUCCCCAAGGAGCACCAUCGCUUCGUCAUCGGUAAGAACGGUGAGAAGCUGCAGGAGCUGGAGCUGAAGACGGCUACAAAGAUCGCAAUUCCACGUCCCGACGACCCCAGCGCCAACAUCCGCAUCACCGGCACCAAGGAGGGCAUCGAGAAGGCUCGCCAUGAGAUCCUGCUGAUCUCUGCUGAACAGGACAAGCGUGCGGUGGAGCGUCUGUCUCUGGAGAAGGCCUUCCACCCUUUCAUCGCCGGCGCCCACAACCGGCUGGUGCAGGAGCUGAGCCAGGAGACGGGCGCCCGCAUCAGCAUCCCUCCACCCAGCCUGCCCAAGGACGAGAUCGUCAUCACCGGGGAGAAAGAGGCCGUAGCCCUGGCGCUCAACCGCAUCAGAGCCAUCUACGACGACAAGAAGAGGAAGACCACCACCAUCUCUGUGGAGGUGAAGAAGUCGCAGCACAAGUACAUCAUAGGCCCGAAAGGCAACACCUUGCAGGAGAUCCUGGAGACCACGGGGGUGUCUGUGGAGAUGCCUCCUCUGGACUCGGGUUCAGAGACCAUCAUCCUCAGGGGGGAGCCCGACAAGCUGGGACCGGCGCUCACGCAGGUCUACGCAAAGGCCAAGAGCGUGAUGGUGGUGGAGGUGACCGCUCCGGCCUGGCUGCAUCGCUUCAUCAUCGGCAAGAAAGGACAGAACAUCGGGCGGAUCACGCAGCAGCUGCCACGGGUUCACAUAGAGUUUACGGACGGCGAGGAACGCAUCAGUCUGGAGGGGCCGACAGAGGAGGUGGAGCAGGCUCAGGCCCAGAUACAAGAGAUCAUCAAGGACCUGCUGGUGAGGAUGGACUACACUGAAGUCAUCAUAGACCAGCGUUUCCACAGACACCUCAUCGGAAAGAACGGAGCCAACAUCAAUCGGAUCAAGGAGCAGUACAAAGUGUCAGUAAGAAUCCCCCAGGACUCGGAGCGAAGCGGCCUCGUCCGGAUCGAGGGGGACCCCAAGGGAGUCCAGCUGGCUCGCAGAGAACUCAUCGAGAUGGUCCAGAGAAUGGAAAACGAGCGCACCAAAGACCUGAUCGUGGAGCAGAAGUUCCAUCGGACAAUCAUUGGCCAGAAGGGAGAAAAGAUCAAAGAAGUUCGAGACAAGUUCCCCGAGGUUAUUAUCAAUUUUCCCGACCCGGCGCAGAAGAGCGACAUAGUCCAGCUGAGAGGGCCGAAGAACGAGGUGGAGAAAUGUGCCAAGUUCCUCCAGAAAAUCAUUGCUGACCUGAUUGAGAACAGCUUCUCGCUCUCCGUUCCCAUCUUCAAGCAGUUUCACAAAAACAUCAUCGGUAAGGGCGGCGCCAACAUCAAAAAGAUCCGUGAAGAGACCAACACUAAGAUCGACCUGCCGACAGAGAACAGUAACUCCGAGAUGAUCGUCAUCACAGGCAAGAAGAGCAACUGUGAGGCAGCCAGAGAUCGAAUCCUCGCCAUCCAGAGAGAACUGGCCAACAUUAAGGAGACGGAGGUCACCAUCCCAGCCAAGCUGCACAACUCUCUGAUCGGCUCUAAGGGCUGCCUCGUGCGCUCCGUUAUGGAAGACUGUGGCGGCGUCCACAUCCAUUUCCCCUCUGAGGGCUCCGGCUCGGACAAGGUCACCAUCAGAGGACCCGCCGGUGAGGUUGAGAAGGCCAAGAAACAGCUGCUGCAGCUGGCUGAAGAAAAGCAAGUCAACAACUUCACAGCUGAGCUGCAGGCCAAGCCAGAGUACCAUAAAUUCCUGAUCGGUCGUGGCGGGGCCAAUAUUCGCCGUGUACGGGACAAAACGGGAGCCCGUAUCAUCUUCCCGUCACCGGAUGACACAGAGCAGGAGCUGAUCACCAUCGUAGGGAAAGAAGAAGCUGUCCGUCAGGCCCAGAAGGAGCUGGAAAGCCUGGUCAAAAAUUUGGACGACGUGGUGGAGGACAGCAUGGUAGUGGACGUCCGCCACCACCGCCACUUCGUGUGCCGGAGAGGCCAGGUGCUCCGCGAGCUGGCCGAGGAGUAUGGCGGCGUGGCCGUGAGCUUCCCUCGUACGGGAGCCAACAGCCAGCGGGUGACUCUGAAGGGAGCCAAGGACUGUGUGGAGGCUGCAAAGAAACGCAUCCAGGAGAUCAUCGAGGACCUGGAGUCCCAGGUGAGCGUGGAGGUGGCGAUCCCUCAGCGACACCACCGUGCCAUCAUGGGGCCUAAAGGUUGCCGCAUCCAGUACAUCACCAGGGAGCACGAGGUCCAAAUCAAGUUCCCAGAGAGAGACGACAGCGCCGCAGGCCAGGAGGCUUCACCACAGGAGAACGGAGAAGUCAGUCCAGAGGCGGAGUUUGUCCCCCGCAAAUGUGACACCAUCACCAUCUCUGGGCGAGCAGAGAAGUGUGAACUGGCUAAAGCCGCCCUGCUGGCGUUGGUGCCCAUAACGGAGGACGUGGAGGUGUCUUAUGAGCUGCAUCGCUACAUCAUUGGUCAGAAGGGAAGUGGAAUCAGGAAGAUGAUGGAGGAGUACGAGGUGAACAUCUGGGUGCCACAGCCAGAGAAACAGCUGGAUGUGAUCAAGGUGACGGGCCUGGCAGCCAACGUGGAGCGAGCCAAGCAGGGUCUGCUGGAGAGGGUCAAAGAACUGCAGGCCGAGCAGGAGGACAGGGCUCUGCGUAGCUUCAAGGUAACCAUGUCCGUCGAUCCGAAGUUUCAUCCCAAGAUCAUCGGCCGCAAGGGAGCCGUCAUCUCUCAGAUCAGAAAAGACCACGACGUCAGCAUCCAGUUCCCCGACAAAGGAGACGAGCAGCAGGAUCUGAUCGUGAUCUCGGGGUACGAGCGUAACGUGGAGGAGGCGCGUCAGGCCAUCCAGCAGCUGGUGGCCGAGCUGCAGGAGAUGGUGAGCCAGGACGUUCACCUGGACCCGAGGACCCACGCUCGCAUCAUCGGUGCCCGCGGCAAAGCCAUCCGCAAGCUGAUGGAGGAGUUCAAGGUGGAUAUCCGGUUCCCUCAGCCAGGCUCUGAUGAGCCCGACAAAGUGACGGUGAUGGGCCUCCCUGAGACGGUUGACAACGCCAUCGACCACCUGCUCAACCUGGAGGAAGAAUAUAUGCUCAGCGUGACAGAGACCGAGACCUUGGCGGCGUACAUGAAGCCUCCGUCACGUUACGGUGGAGGGGGAGGAGGAGCGGGAGGACUGGAUGACGGCAGCGGGGGUCCGGCUAAAGGCUUCGUGGUACGGGACGCCCCCUGGAACGCAGCAGGGAACAAGGCUCCUGACAUGAGCAGCGCGGAGGAUUUCCCCACGUUCGGGACAGGCGUUGCCCCGAAACAAGCAUCCGCCUGGGGCCCUAAGAAGUUCUGAAGCGGCUCACCAGGAGGAAAGGAGAAAAAAAAAAAAAAAAAAAACUUCUGUAAAGUAGAUGAUGAGAGACAAAACAAAUCUCUAAUCAAAUUGCUGCUCACCUUCCCUCCUCCUUUUUUCUCCUCCUUUAGUGACCUCCCUUUGUCUCUCUUUUUCUGUAAAAACCCUUCCUAUCGUCCUCCCACAACCAGCCACAAUGAAUUCUGGGAGAACUAUCUCUUCUUUUCCCUCCUCGUCUGUCUCCUCCUUUCCCACCUGAGAGGAAAAAAACAAAAACAAAAAAAAAAGAACAUCUUGAGUGCUCUCUUCGUAGUAUCGCUGUCCCGCUCUGACUCUCGGUUACACCGCCCCCGCCGGUCUCGCUGAAACAUUUCAAAAACGGUACCCACCUUUUUUUUUUUUUUGCCUCCUCUGACUGCCAAACUCCCCCCCACACACAAAAUCAAACUACCACCUCACUGCAGUAUAUUAGAAAUGUUUCAACUCUUCUGCUGAGUCAGGGAAGUGGAGUCAAAGAGCACCAGUGGAAAUAUCUUCGGACAACUGAAGCGAGACGCUUUCGGGGAGGCGGGGGUUGUGUAUCCAAGCGAAAUCUUGGAUUUUUAAGCUUAUAAAGAAUUAGGGGGGAGUCUGUGUUUUACUGUAAGAAGAGUUUGUAAACAUCUUUUAAGGUUCUUUUCCUGUGGUUUUUACAAGGAGGAUUCUUGUUGGCUCACCUUUCACUCUAAUGUCACUAAUGCGGUGCAGCAGGUGAGGUAAUGGGCUGCGCAUGUGUGUACGAGUGUGUGUGCGAGUGUGUGUGUGUGUGCGCGAGUGUGUGUGUGGAUUCAGGAGAAGUUUUGUAAAUCCCGAUUUUAUUUAUUUGGAAGCUGGGAGCAAAACAGCUGCUGUAGUUGACUUUUUAGAGGUUUUUUUUUUGUUUGUUUGUUUUGUUUUUAAAAUGAUGAAUUUAAAAGAUGUGGAAGUCCUGCACUGAUUGUUUGUUUAUGAAGGUCGUUUUGUCACAACUGUUUAUUUAUUCAAAGAACGGAGCCAUUUUAUUUGAACUACUGUGAUCAUGCGUUUUUAUAAAAGCACUCACUGUAGCUUGAUGCUUACAACCUUAUGUUUGGGAGUGAAUGUCGUACGUCAGGGUUCGGGAACAUGUUACCAAUAGUUAUGUGUAAGUGUACAAAGAAUUUUUCGCUAUUUUUUUAAAUUGUGUGGGAUUUUUUUUUUUUUUUUUUUUUGGUGUUGUUGGUUUCUGGCAUAUUUGGAAGACUGUAUGUAUGUAUGCGUGUGUGUGCGGGUGGAAGUUAAGAUGUAUAUUUGAAUGAAGCUGAACCAAACUUUUA